AUGCAACAAUGGACAGUGGUCGCCGCCUACACUUGGAACAUGCUCUAUGGAUGCAGGUGCCGGCCUGGUCUAACAUGUCCAGCGAUGAUGACACCAUUUGGUGGGAUGCUAUCGUACUCUAUGGGUGGUACGGCUGGGCCUUUCCAGUCCGGCUCUACAGUGACGCUCAUGUGCACUAGUGGAUCUGUCACAGGCACAUCGUCGGCGACCUGUACGAAUGGACAGUGGAGCCCACCAACACUAGGCACCUGCUCCACUACGGGUGCAGGAACGGGAGGAUCUUCAUCAGCCUUGUGUUCGAAUGGUCAGUGGACUCCACCGACUCUGGGCACAUGUUCGACGACAGGAGGAGGUAUUGGAGGAAUAGGAGGAGGAAUAGGAGGUAUAGGGGGCACAGGGUCAACGUGCCCAGCCAUGACGACGCCACUUGGAGCCACCUUAAACUACUCUUCUGGGAACAUUUUCGGUCCAUUCACGUCCGGAUCUACCGUAACCAUGAACUGUUCGAGCGGCUCACCAUUGGGCGCAACGACGGCGACCUGCUCGAAUGGCCAAUGGUUUCCCCCAUCACUUGGGACCUGCAAUCCAGGCACUGGCGGAGGCAUUAUUGGUGGAGGCAUAGGACAAAAUUGCCCCACUCUGACUGCGCCUCCAGGUGGAACAAUCUCCAUGUCAAAUGGAUUGUUGGGAACACCAGCCACACAAGGAACAAUUGCCACACUAACUUGUCUCGGUGGUACAGUGCAAGGUACAACGAGUGUUCUUUGCACUAACGGAAUGUGGACUCCACCGACGCUUGGUACGUGUAACAGUUCAACAGGGAUCGGAGGAGGGGGAAUUGGAGGAGGAGGAAUCGGAGGAUCAACCACUACGUGUCCAGCGAUGACAACACCGAUAGGGGCAUCGCUGUCCUACUCAAAUUUUUUGAUUUUCCCACCGUUCCCGCCUGGAACAACUGUAACUGCCAGGUGUCUCAAUGGAGCAGCCAUAACAGGAACAAGCAUGGCUACAUGCCAGAAUGGUUUUUGGACUCCACCAAUAUUGGGCACAUGCGGAACAUCGACCGGUGGUGGUUUGUCGGGCACAGGAACCUGUCCCUCAACACCAGCGAUUGGCGGCAGAAUAGACUACAGUGACGAUGACCUGAGCACUAAUCAUGCGGCUGGUUCUACUGCCACCCUUCUUUGUACCAGUGGAACACCCAUCGGUUCGGCUCUAUCAACCUGUCAAAAUGGGCAGUGGACCCCACCGAUUGGAAGCUGUACAACCACAGGGAACACUUCGGGUGUUUCAUGUAUCUUCGCACCGUUUUCACCGUUCGGUUCCACACUCUCCUAUUCAACUGGAAGCACAACGGGACCAUGGACUCAAGGAGCAAUUGCCACUAUGACUUGUCCCCCGGGUCAAAAUGUGAUCGGCUCGUCUACUAGCACGUGCAACAACGGCGUGUGGACAACACUUGGAUCGUGUUCAACAACAGCACCGACAGGAUCCGCGGGUUCACUUUUCCCGAAUCGUUUCCCUUGCUAUUUUGGAUUGGUUGAACCACUGAACGGUUCAAUCACCUACAGUGAUCCGACUCCACCGUAUUCGGAUGGAUCUACGGCAACACUGAGGUGUAAUGCUGGGUACACUGUCACAGGAUCCGCUUCGUCCACUUGCACUGAUGGCUCAUUCACUGCGAUUGGCACAUGUACCAAGACGUUAUGA